UUCAGCACCGUAGAGGAGGAACAGCUCCUUCCGCUCGACUAAUGAAGCCCAAAUCCGCGAUCAGCAGUCCACCCGACGGGAUCCGGUGAAAGCACGCGCGCUCGGUGAGCGAGGAGAACGCGUUUACCGCGGAGGACCACAGCGGAUCCACCCGUCUCCUUGACACCGCGACAGCAGCAGCAUCCUCCGGAGAUACGGUGUGUUGACGAGCAGUGCUGCUACAGAUCGAGUGGUGAGGGCCACUUUUCUGAAGGGUGGGUAACACAGUGGGCCACCCUCGCCCCUUCUGCCCCCAUGGCUUGUGUCCACGAGCAACAUGCCCCUUCCCCAUCCCUCUCAGGGUUCAGCACCCCGCUCUCCGAACCCCCCUUCUGUCGGCCCGAUUCGGAGGUGCCAGCGAGCACACCAGACACCGAGCUCACCCCGACCCAGUGUGUCCUCCGUAACGUGCUCUCCAUCGACCCGGUGGGGGGCGGCAGCGGCACUCACAGCAACAGCCCCACCCUGAGCGACGAGCCCACCAACUUCUCCAACAGUGUUCUCAAGCUGCAGGAGGGUGGAGCCGAGGGCGGAGCAAUGCGCAACCAGGCCGACAGCUUCCGGCUGCAGGCGGGUGGAGGAGGCUUUCUGGAAGGCUUGUUCGGAUGCCUCAAGCCAGUGUGGACGAUGAUUGGGAAAGCUUAUUCUACAGAGCACAAGCAGAGCCAGGAGGUGAGCCGAAUGUCUCUUCCAGAAUCCUGGGAGGUGCCAUUCGAGGAGAUCUCCGAGCUGCAAUGGGUUGGCAGCGGGGCGCAGGGAGCUGUGUUCCUGGGCAAGUUUCAUGGUGAGGAGGUGGCUGUGAAGAAAGUCAGAGAUGUCAAGGAGACUGAGAUCAAACAUCUGCGCAAGCUCAAACACCCCAACAUCAUUACCUUCAAGGGCGUGUGCACGCAGGCUCCGUGUUACUGCAUCAUCAUGGAGUACUGCGCGCAGGGCCAGCUCUAUGAGGUGCUGAGGGCCGGCAGGAAGAUCAUGCCGUCUCUGCUGGUGGACUGGGCCAUGGGAAUCGCAGGCGGCAUGAACUACCUCCACCUGCACAAGAUCAUCCACAGAGAUCUCAAAUCACCCAAUAUGCUGAUAACACACGACGACCUGGUGAAGAUCUCAGACUUCGGCACAUCUAAGGAGCUCAGAGACAAGAGCACCAAGAUGUCGUUUGCGGGAACUGUGGCCUGGAUGGCACCCGAGGUGAUUCGGAACGAGCCUGUGUCUGAAAAAGUGGACAUCUGGUCGUUCGGUGUGGUUCUGUGGGAGAUGCUGACCGGUGAGAUCCCGUAUAAAGACGUAGACUCCUCCGCUAUCAUAUGGGGCGUGGGAAACAACAGCCUGCAGCUUCCUCUUCCUGAAAGCUGCCCUGAUGGCUUCAAGAUCCUGCUCAGACAGUGCUGGAACUGCAAACCCAGGAACAGGCCGUCGUUCAGGCAGAUUCUGCUGCAUCUGGACAUCGCGUCUGCAGACGUGCUCUCCACUCCGCAGGAGACCUACUUCAGAUCUCAGGCCGAGUGGCGUGAGGAGGUCAAGCAACACUUCGAGAAGAUCAAGUCAGAGGGCACGUGUCUUCACCGUCUGGAUGAAGAGCUGAUCAACCGGCGACGAGAGGAACUCAGGCAUGCUCUUGACAUCAGAGAACACUACGAGAGAAAGCUUGAGAGAGCCAACAAUCUGUACAUGGAGCUCAACGCCGUGAUGCUGCAGCUGGAGCUCAAAGAGAAAGAGCUGCUCAGGAGGGAACAGUGUCUGGAUAAGAAAUAUCCUGGUCUCUUUAAACAUCAUCCCUCAACCACAGUGGACAAACUCAUCAAGAAGAGAAACGUCCCUCAGAAACUGCCUUCUCAUGGCAAGAGACCUGACCUCCUGAGAUCAGAGAUCAUUCUCCCCAAGAUGGACACUGGUGUGCUGCAGGUGACCGUCCCUCCAUGUGCAAACCGAGGACCUACCUCACCUAGCCGCGCCCGCAGGGUAAAAACUCGUCACCGGAGGAGCGGCAAAGGAAGCAGUGGGGAUCUGUCAGGGCCCAAGCACCCUUCUGCCCCUGCUAGCCGAGAAAGAGAGCCCCCGCUGCCCAACACACCGACACCCGCACCGCCCCUCACUGAGACGGCUUCAGGGGCUGUGAUGAGGGAGGGCCAGCUGGAGCCACCCCCACUGAAGCUUUCCUCGUCGAGCCCAGAUCUGCUCAGCUCCACCCGCCGUGCUGAAGACGGAGUCAUUGGAGCUGCCCCGACCGAAACCCUCGGCGGAGAGACCAGUGCUGGAGCUGAAGCGGGGGCCGGCCUGGACGAGACUCCGCCCAGAAGUGACACAGCAAGUGAGGACGCCGCUUCACUGCCGUUCUCCAGCAGCCCAGAUUCACCCUGCUGUGGCCGAAGUGGAGCGGUGGGCAGAACUCAUGUAGGAGAGGAGAGAGAAGAGGGAACCGGGACGGUGCGAUUACCCAGAGGAUCAAGCGGCAGUCAUCUGACUCCAUCAGCCAUACUGUAUCGAGCUGCUAUCACACGCAAACAGCGACGUGGCGUUUCCUCCGAAGAAGAAGAGGGCGAGGUGGACAGUGAGGUGGACUUACCAAGGAGACGAAGGCCGACCAGUAUAACCAAGUGCCAAUCAGUAUCCACUUUCAGCUCAGAGAACCUGUCCGUUUCCGAGGGAGAGGAGGGCCACACCACUGACCACUCUCACAGCGGCACGCCGGACGUGGUCAGCACCAACACUGACGAGCGACUGGAUGAUCGCAGCGAUGACCUCAUCUCCCAGGGGUCUGAGAUCCCUGUUGAUAUAACAGACCCUACCCUGUCUGAAAGAGAGGCCGCUGCCUUGGAACAGGAGAGGGCCAACUUUGACCUGGAACAAAAUAUCCUGGAGACUCGCGCAUUGUGUGAGGACUCAGACUGUGACAGUGCUGAACUCGACCAAUCAGGGAGCGGAGAGCCGAGUCGUCCCCCGAGCGCAGGAGGCUGGGGCCAGGGUCCUCAAAACUGAAAUGCACACACACACACACACACACACACACACACCAGCACACACUUUCACUUUUAGUUGCACCAAAGCAAAACGAACACAGAUUUUCGUGGAACACGUAUGCGCACACAUCCUCUGAGAAACGCAACGGUGCACUACACAAAACGACUAGCCACCUUAAGAACAAAUAUUCAGACACUGGUCAUAACAACUUUGGGAUCGUAAACUGCCUCAUGACCAGGAUGUAGCCACGGAAAAUAUAGCAAGACAAGUUUAGCGGAAAGCUACUGCUAGAGAUGAGGAUUACAGGAACUACGUGAACAGAUCAAUGCAAUUAAAAACUUCAGGGCAUUCCCAAUAAGCAGCAAUGAUGGUAACAAUAGGUUUGUGCUGUUGAAUUGCAGACAGACUUACUGGUGGGCCAGAAUCGAGUCCAUUCAUGUGUCCAAGGCUUGUGGUUAGUUGUCGAUGUAAAUUCAAAGAGUCUAGAUCGAAUCUGUAGUGCUGGAUGAAACUCCUGAUCACAGGAAUCUCUGUCCUCCAGCCUGGAUAAAGUAGUUUUGUAACUGCGCCCCAGUAAUCUGUUCAGACGUGACGUAAAUUAAGUUUGUUGCUCUCACUUUGGGACUGACUUCAUUACUAUGUACAGAUGCUUCCUUUCCAAAGCAUUUACAAGGUGCAUAUACAAAUGUGAUUCUAUUAUGACUAUAAUGCCCUGAGUUUCUGUAAAUAUAUAUUUAGUAAACUAAAUCCAAGAAAAAAAGUAAACUAUUUGCUACCAUAACAAAAACAUAAUAAAAACGGUCCAGUUUUUACUAUUCUCCUGUGCUUGUGCCACCCUACUAUGGCAGCUCAGAUCAGUUUGGAGAUCAGCAGGUGUGUAAAUGUACAGAUAUAUAUAAAUAUAUAGUCAGGUUGGCUUUGCUAGUGCAGGACUGUAAAACUCUUGGAUGCAAGUAUACACAACACACAGACUGAACGGCACAUAUAAAUGUACAGUACAUGAUUUAUGAUAUGGAAAUAACUAUUCCAACUGUCUGCUCUCCUCUUACCUCUCAGAUUAUCUUUCAGUACUUUUUCUUCCAUAGGGACAUGCAAUAUGUACAUUUAAACCUAAUCUGAAGAGAGCACUUUUAUUUUCUUCACUGUAAAAAUAAAGUAAAACGAAUAAAUAACAAUUUAUUGUAUAUGAAUUUUAGCUUGCCAGCUGUAGGUCUGAGAAGGGUAAAGUCCCGAAGAACAAAUGCAUGAUAUACAUUUUUAUGUAUUUUAAUUUUUAAAUCAAUUGUUUUUAUACAUCUAAAGAUAUGUUUGCAACUUUUUUUUACCUUGAAUGUGUAAUAAUGUUGUGUUGCUUGUAGGCACUUUACAGUAGGAUGUUUAUAUACAUGGACAUGUUCACUUUCUCAUCUUGCACUGAAAAUGUAUUUAUGAUAAUGAUGGUUAAAUAGAUGCAAAUCUCCAGUUUCAAGGUUAUGUAUGUUAAGAAAACCAUUUAAAACUUUUUUGAAGAUGAUAACCUGAACCACAUUUUUUUUCUUCUGAUGAUGAUGUUAAAAAUCUUCUGGGAUGUGUUUCCCAAAAGCAUCAUAAUCUUAAGUAGGUCGUAGAACCAUUGCCACCAAUGGUCUCUAUGAUGAACUUAGCUUAUAAUGGUUUUGGGAAACGCAGCUCUGAACCAUAAAAGUCAUGUUUUUCUUGGACAACUGAACUUGGUCAAAAUGCAGAAAUACUGGCAGCUUUAUUCUGACAAAAACAAAAUCAAAGGUUUUAAAAUUGUUUCCCUUUCAGUCGGUCACUCUCAACAUCACGUUGAGACUUUGAGUGUAAACUAAAUGAGCCAAUGCACAUUGGCAUUGGAUUAUUGCAUCCAGCUGCCAUUGAUCACAGCGUGAGUAUAAGUAGGCAGCCGGUGCAGCGCAUAUUCAGCUUUUUGCUUCGGAGCCAAGUGGACUUCCUGCUUCGUUGGUGAUACUACAGAUGAGUACAGCACGCUCUUAGGACGCUCUCGUCCUGGAGGUACAGCACUUCAGCGACAUUGAUUCUUUUUGUGUUGAGUGGGUUGCACAAAUCAGGCUGCACUACCCCCUGUUUGUGUUACAGACUGCCAUUUUCCCUGUGCGCUUUAGCACAGUAAAAGAAGAGUUCUAGAAAGAGCAUUCACCGGUGGAACGUGUUUUUAAAGAUGGGUCUUUUCAAAGAGGCUCUUCCAUUUGUGCAUUUCUGGACUCGGUCAUUUACCUGGUGCCGGGUGGUGGUCAUGAUCGCUGCUUCUCUUGUUUGGUCAUUAAGCAUGCUGAGGUAGCGUUGGUGGAUGAGUCAGCUCCCAUUGCGUUUAAAUGACUGUCUCGGAGUUGUGGACCAGGUUCUGUUUCCUGCAAAGGGGUGGGGUACCCGUGACCCUGCCUAAAUCUAGGCAGUACUUGGCACUGGCUGGACUGGUCUUAUGGUGGCAGUGAGUAAUUCCCCUCCCAGGAACCAACCUCCGAGGAGAGGCUUCCCAGUCCAUCUCGUUGGCUCCAUCAGACCAUCAGACUAAGUUAUGCAAUUCAGUUUGCCCGGCACCCUCCCAAGUUCAGGGGCAUCCACUUCACUUCAGUGAAGGCAGCAGAAGCCUCUGUCUUGUGUGCAGAGAUCGCAGUCCUACUAGCAAAGGAUGUGAUAGAGCCGGUCCAUUCAUCCGAUGGGGAUUUACAGGCCUUACUUUAUUGUGCCCAAGAAAGGUGGUGGGUUGAGACCAAUCUUGGAUCAGCACGUCUUGAACUGGGCCCUACACAAGCUUACAUCAUAGAUGCUCAGGCAGAAGCGCAUCUUCAGGUGCAUCUGUCCCCAUGAUUGGUUUGUAGCAAUUGACCUGAAUGACACGUACUUCCAUGCAUUGAAUCUUCUGCUCCACAGGCCAUUCCUUUGUUUUGCAUUCGAAGGACAGGUAUAUCAGUACAAGUUCCUGCCCUUUGGGCUGUCCCUGUCACCCCGUGUCUUCAGUAAAAAGUUGUUGAGUCAGCCCUUGUGAGAACAGGGCAUUCCCAUUCUCAACUAGGCUCAUUCUAGCUCAACUGGCUCAUUCGAGCUCAGGAUCAGUUUUGAGAACACAGGGACUUGUCUUUUCACACCUCUGCCAGUUGGACCUUUGGGUAAGCUGGGAAAAGAGCAAACUCUCCCCGAUGCAGAGGAUCUCUUUUCUCAAUAUGUAGUUGGACUUGGUCAAACAGACAGAAUGCCUUACACAGGAACAUCCUCAGUUCGCUGUUGAACUGCUUGAAUAGGUUCAAGAGCAGGAUGGUGGUCCAACUGAAACAGUUUCAGAGUCUCCUGGGGCAUAUGGCAGCUGCAGGUAGGCGUGGCUACGUAGCACUUACCUUUACCCUGUGGUCAGACCCUGCAUUUCUCUGGGCAGGAGUGCCCCUGGAACAGGUCUCCAGGCAUGCUGUGGUACACACGGAUGCCUCUAUCACCAGCUAGGAGGCAAGGUUCGAUGGGCUUGCAGUGUCAGGGGUUUGGAUGGGCCCCCAACUGCACUGGCACAUCAAUUGCCUCAAGUUGCUGGGAGUGCGCCUUGCCUUGAUCCAUCUCAAAGGGAACUUAUGAGGCAAGCAUGUACUAGUUUGCACGGACAGCACUGCGACCAUUGCAUAAAUCAACCAACAAGGUGGUCUAUGCUGCUGUAGCAUAGCAUGUCGCAACUCACCCGCCACCUCCUCCUCUGGAGUCAGAAGCAUCUGAGGGUUGGGAGGGACCAUAGCUCUGUGGUGCCUGGGGCAUAAGACGGAAGUGGGGGGGUGAAGCUGGAUGAAGCUGUCCUUCAGUCUGCUGGUCACACAGUGAUGCAGCUCAUCAGAAUGCUCUCGAUGGUGCCUCUUUAAAAGGUGUACAUGAUGGGGGGCUGGGCUGUGGCUCGUCUCAGAUUGUGGAUUAAGUUGAGACGCUGUAGUGAUUUCUUGGCCAGUCCUGCAGUGUUGUCGGUCCAGGAGAGAUCCUUAGUGAAGAGAAAGGUUCAUCAGCUUGGCUCAUUAGUGGAAACCUUAAUAUGUGCUGCACCAGCUUCUUACUUAUAAUGCCACUGUGAGCUGGAUGCAAUAAUCACACACCAAUGUGCAUUGGCUCAUUUAAUUUACACUCAAAGUAGAUUCGUCUCUCUAAGCGAGAUUCCAAUUCGUCGGUCCUCCGAUGUGACAUAUCCGUUAUUCCCUUCUGGGAUCAAGGGUUACAAUACGUAACCGACGGGUUACAUUUACAUAGACAACAGUAAUUGAACAAUGAAUAAGAAAUUGCUAUUUAAAAAAUACAUUCAUGGUACAUUUGGAAAAAACAGGCAUGAAGUAAUCGAGAUGUACUUUAGUCACAUUAUUAAGUUGUGUAAACACCAUAAUCCAUCAUCCUACAGCAAACUAAUUGAUGAAAUAUUUUAUGUUUGUGAACUUGUAAAAAUAAAAACAAAAAUAAUUAUUAAAUUAUAGCUAAACUAUAAAAAGAGAUGUGAAUAUAUUGCUUUUCAGUAUUAUGUGGAAUUUAGUGCUAAUCUGGUUCUAUGAACAAGAAUAAGAAUCAAACAGUUGUUUGUAUUGUCUUGUGAGGAGAAAAAAAACAAACUGUUGCCCUCCAUAUAAAUGUAGGUAAUGCCAGACAUGAAGCCCCCUAAUAUAAACAACUACAAGAGAUGCAUUAACACAGAAGUGCACAUUUAAACCCUGAAUGCCUUUAAUGACGAAAAUCUUCUCAGAUUAGUAGCUAUUGAUUGAUUUUGCAAUAUGACAGUUAUAAGACAGUUUAGCAUGUAAAACCUGCCAUUCAUGACUAGUAAAAUAAAUAAAGCUCCUACCUUCACAA